GUUUCGUUGCAUUUACCACUUGGCGCAACGCACGUUAUACACAUCGUAUUACAUCGUGUGUGAAGUGAUAUCAACAAAGAGACAAAUAUCGUUAAUAUCUAACACACUUUGCUGGUUGCAUAUCAAGGAAUCGUCAAUCAAGAUUGUUUUACAAGAAUUUGCGUGACACUCGCAAACGUGCAACAUGUUUAGUCUGGGUGAGAUUGGCGAGCAGUUGAAAGACGUGAGUCGAAAAUCGGUCGGAGUUUCAUUCGCCGGUCAGUCGCUCGUGUUGGACACCGCGAAUGAUGCUCUCCAAGUGGUAGAAGCAAUCAAAGCAUGCCCAUGCUUGGAGUACUUGGAUUUGGAAGGAAAUACACUGGGUACACCAGCUGCAGAAAUUAUAGCAGAGGCUUUGAAAGAGAAGGGAACCCCGUUAAAGAGAGCUCUGUGGAAGGACAUGUUCACUGGUCGUUUGAAAACAGAAAUCCCAAAAGCAUUGGAGCAUCUAGGCAUAGCAUUGUGUACUGCUGGCAGUCAGCUUACUGAGCUCGACUUGAGCGAUAAUGCUUUUGGACCAAUUGGUAUUCAAGGGUUAGCAAAUCUUUUGGCAUCAAGUCCAUGUUAUACCCUUCAGCAGCUGAAAUUGAACAACAAUGGUCUUGGUAUAUCAGGUGGAAAGAUGUUGGCUAAAGCAUUGGAAAAAUGCCACGAAAAUAGUUCUAAAGAAGGUAAGCCGCUUGCACUGAAAGUUUUCAUCGUUGGCAGAAAUCGAUUGGAGAAUGAGGGCGCACAAGCAUUGGCGUCCGUAUUUGAAAAACUUAAAACAUUGGAGGAGGUUGUAAUGCAGCAGAACGGCAUAUAUCACGUAGGGAUCACCGCGAUUGCACAGGGUUUAUCUGCUAAUCCUAAUUUGCGUGUGUUAAAUUUGAACGAUAAUACGAUCGGGUUGAAAGGCGCUAAAGCGCUCGCUAAAGUUUUACCGAUUUUUCGAGGUUUGGAAGAAUUAAAUCUCGGAGAUUGUUUGCUGAAGACUAAAGGGGCUUUAGCUUUAGCAGAGGCAUUAGAAAUCCAUGGAAAUCAUACAUCCCUUAGAUAUCUAGACUUGAGUUGUAACGAAUUACGUGCGGCUGCUGGUAAUGCUAUUGCUAAAGCCACCCAUGAUAAAACUCUUUUGACAAAUCUACAACUGGAUGGUAAUUGUUUUGGAACAGAAGGACGCGAAAGCCUUCAGCAAAUUCUUACAAAAUUGGGAAGACUUGAUGCAUUGAAUUCUUUGGAAGAGGAUUAUACUGAGGAUGAGGAGGAAGAUGAUGAUAAUGAGGAUGAACAGAGUGAGCAAGAAAGUGAUAAUGAGGAUGAAACAAGUGACAAAGAUAACAAAGAACAAGAUAAUAUUGCACAAAGCACAGUAGUAACAGUAGCAGAAUUUAUGAAAUCGCCAAUAGGUGAGAAACUGUUGCUACUGCAAGGUGAUAAUGUGCAAGCUUUCAUCGACUACGCAAUGAAUUUGGCAAAUCAAAGUAAUACAAUUAUAGAGCAGAAAUAUAUAGAAGAGCUUUUACGAAUAACUAUGAGAGUAUCAGCAUUAUGUGGCAGUGGCUACAUGAACGUGAGAAUAAAAGCAGAAUUCUUAUCAGAUGCUUUAUACGCAAAGCUAUUUUCUUAUGCUGUAGAGAAUGAUCAAAUGUCAAUUUUAAAUAAUGCAUUACUAGUUAAUCUUGGUUUAAUAAAAGGGGAGAACAAAGCCAGUGGAAAAAUUGAUUGGAAUUUGGAAGGAUGUUUUAAGGCUUUGGAAAAAAUUAUUCAGAGGGAUUAUUUCUUAGCGCAAACAAGGAGCAUGUUGAAGGUGUUCUUAGAAAAACCAAUGAAGACUAGUCGCGCAAAUGUAGUCGAUCCAUUUCAAGAUUCCAAAGCUGCUCUCAAAGCUGUUCUAGACAGUAUUCAAGCUACGUAAAGUUUCUGGAAAUUAUCAUGGUAUGAUAUAUAGUUAUUUAUUUUUAUACAUUGUAUGGAAAAUAAUAGAAUAUGUAAAAUUAGAUUACUAUGUAUGAAUUUUGCAAAAUCUAUAUAUAUGAUCUUUAAGAUAAAUCUUGAUAAUUUUAAAUCUAAAUUUUGUACUUUUAAUAUUAAAUUUCUUUAAUACAAACUUUUUGCAAUGUUAUCUCACUAUAAGAAGUUUUACUUCUUUUUAUUAAAAAAUAAUUAUACGUAACAAUUAAAUUAUAAUAUCGAAAUGAAAAAUACAUUUAUCUUACAAUGUGUAUGUGUUUUUGCGUAUGAGUGUGUAUGAGCGUGUGUAAAAUAUAUAUAUUAUUUUAGAGUUUUAAUGUAAGCUACUUUUGUCUUAUUUAAAUUAUUAAUGAAGUAUAAUACACAUACUAUUGUAAAAGCUAUUUCUUAAAAUAUUAAUAUUUUAAGAAUCAAUUUUAAAAUUUUAAUGUGUAUAUUGUAAUACAAAUGAAUUUUAUAUAAAUAUACGAUUAUACUCGUAUGUGGAUUAUACUCGUAUAAUCCAUAAAAAAAAUACAAUACUUGCAGAUUUUCAAAUAAUAUCUAGUGUGUAACAUUUUUGACAAAAAUUGUAAGAUUGAUUAUAGAUUAACAUGGAAUAAAUAACGCUUGCG